UGAUCAUCUCUUCCGAAUCCGCCAUUUCUGCUUACGAGCUUCUCGAUUACUUUGCUUGUGACGAUUCUGAGCUUCGCUCACACGCAUUAGAUAAGGAUUGAGAAAUUGCUGGUGAGAAUUUCGUGAUUCGAUGAGCAAUUGGAUGUUGUCCAUGAAGGCGGUUAUGAUUUCAGCCGGAAUUGUGAUUUUAGCAAUGGAGAUCAAACUUACGGUUCCGAUCGCGGCGGAUUGGAUUCCGGCGAUGUGGUCGGCUUUCCUGGAGUGGAUGAAGCCUCCUUAUUUGUAUAUAAUCAUCAACGGCAUCAUCCUCACCAUCGCCGCGUCUUCUCGCUUCCAACAAAGCCAAGAGGAAUCUCCGCCCAACAUUCAAUUUCAACCGGAAAACUUGAGCUCCUCCGUCAGAAUUCCUGCGCAACCGAGUUUCGAGGCGUUCUCAGAUGAGCUUGAUUUUAGCGUUAGCAGUUCUGUUGAGAACACGACAGCGGCGAUGGUGCAUGAGAUUGUAGCGCCGGAGAUGGAAAACGCUGUCGUUGAAUUCAAACCUCCGGUAGAGAACGACUCGAAGAACGACAUCGAAACAGAGAAAAAAAUUGUGUUUACAUCUGUAGCUGAGGAUGUUUUUGUCGAUUCGACUUCGACUGACACAUUUUCUCCGGAAGUUCAAUCGGAAUCUCUCUUGACGGUUACAGAUAAACCUCUGGUUUCUUCGAGAUUUGUGCACAGAAAGCCGAUCAGAAACGUUCCCGAAGUUUCGAACACAAGAGCCCUACGGGUGGCGCGGCCGAAGAAGCAGGAGACGCUGGAGAGCACAUGGAGGAUGAUAACCGAGGGACGUCACGUGCCGAUCACGAGACACCAGAAAAAAGCCGACGCGUGGGAGCUGCACCAGCAGCAGCAGCAGUUGGUGGCCAGCCGACCGGCGGCGAGGAUCCGCAAAGAACCGUCGCCCGGUCAGGACGAGUUGAACCGGCGCGUGGAAGCAUUCAUCAAGAAGUUCAACGAGGAAAUGAGAAUCCAGCGCCAGGAGUCGCUCAAACAGUUCAUGGAAAUGAUAAAUCGAGCGAGAUAACAAUGGUGAGGAUGAUUACGAUUGCUAGGGCAAUCGCAAUGUACGCUUGCUUCCGCAUCUCCUUCUCGUAAUCGUUCAGGCUUCCCGUCCCCGUCCCCGGCUUCGCUGCGGUGGUGGUGGUGUUUGGAGUUACCAGCGGCGUUGGAUGUGUUUCGAUGGGGAUAGUUGGAGCUCCGGCUGCGGCUCCGGCUCCUUCUCCUCCGCCGCUGCGCUGUGACUCAAUCGGCGUCGCGAUGCCUAGGAAUAUCUGGUGUAGAUCCAUUAAUUUCCGCCGGAUAUCCUUCAAGGUAUCGCGCCUCUCCUGAAUCUCGGCCAAGGCGUCCGCCAUGGCGCCUCUACCGUGCUCCUGCAUCUCGUAGCGCGGCGGAUACGCUGGCGUUUGGCUCGCGAUUAAAUUGUCGAUCGCUUCCGCCGUCGCCUUCUCUCCGGUGAUUGCGGAAUACCUGGAGAUGAAUUUCAAAGGUAAUCCGCUCGAAUUCGACUUCUCUUUUGAAUUCAUGAAAUCUAUUGUUGAUUUGUUAUACGAACCUGCUCUCAAUGAGAAGUCGGUGUUCGGUUUCCAUUUGAACUCUGAGCCCCUGGAAAUUGCGCGUGAUGCGUUUGAGAUUCUCCGUGACGUUGGAGAUCAUCGCCGCUCGCGUCCGAUCAUCCUCAGAUCCGACGCCGCUUCCGGCGACCAUUCGCUGGGCGGCGUUGGCGGCGACGAGACCGUCGAACUUCUUAUUUAUCUGCUUCGCCAAUCUGAGGAGAAAUUCGAGAUCCGCAUUUAAUUGCGAUCGAACCUCCUUCAUCAUCAUCUCGUUCUGCGCCUCCUUCACUUCUUCAUUCGAAUCCUGUAUCCUGUUAUAAAAAACCUCGACGUUCUUCAAAUCCGCCUUGAUAUUAUCAACUUCUCCGGCGAAGAUGUUCAUGCCGGAUUCCUUAUUCAUAGGAUCGACGUAGACGUUGAAGGAGCUUCCGAACGAUUCUCUCAUUUUUCCAGGCAAUCGAAUCAAAUUCGAGCAGGAAAAUGAUUUCGGCGACGGAGCAGAAAUCCUGAAUAGGAUAGAUUUAUACCUCCGGUAGUGAUCACGACGACGGAAGGAUCAUUUCCACCGCCUCGUGGAAGUUUUCCGGUGGAGAGGAAAAUCGGGAAACGGGAAGGGUCAUUUGAAGGCUUUCUCUAAGGUUGCCUCUAAGUUUGAAGGAAUGAAAGCUUGGGAUUGACCGUACAAGUGUUGCCAUUUGAUUCGUUGGUGUUCAUUCGUUCAAUUUCAUUCGUACGUAUCGUUAGUUAGAAACUAACCUCUCUUCUUUACUUAAUUUUAUUUUCAUGUAUGUGGUAUUACCGCCUUCUAACGGUUCUUUAAGUUAGAGUUGUGACAGCAUUUUGUGUGCAAGCAGCAUGUUACUAUUACGAAUCAUAAAUAAAAUAUAUAUAUGAAUAAAAUAAUUAAAUUA